AUGAGUUCCACUCAACACGCACACAUUUUUAGGAGAGCAUUUGGGAACCGGCGCUGCCUCCGGAUUACCACCUCCGGUGCUGUCAGAGAGCGGACAGCGAGCGGGGAGGCCGCUCCGGGCCCGUCCUCAGCAGCGCCGCGGUGCACCUGCUGCGGGAUCCGGGCUGACCGCUCAGCUGCGGCCGCGGGGAUCAACCUCUGUCGGAAAGCCGAGACAAGCUCAAGCGAAAGACGCAGCUCCUGGGACACACACAAACACACGCACAAGCACACACACGCACACAACGCUCCGUGCGACCGGCGCGGCGGGCUGCAGCAACCCCCUGACCACAGCCGCCCACCGGGAACGGGCCACAGCGAUCCCGCAGCCGAAAAAACAAGAAGUGAAUCACAAGAAAAUUUAACAUCUUUCAGCAUUUUGGACAAACAUGCAACGUUUACAAAUGCUGAUGGCAGAGUUACCUUAGUGCCACACGAUAAGUGCAAGGUUGUUGUGAAUGGAGUGACCAUCACAGGGAAAACAGAACUGCAGCACUCGGAUCGUGUUAUUUUGGGAUCAAACAGCACUUACCUCUAUGUCGGACCACCUGCACAAAGAACAGAGGAGGACCUGAGCAGAUAUGACUACGAUUUCUUUCAGUCUGAAUUGGCUGCAGCGGAAGGUUUUGGUGUGGAUAAACUUGGCACUGUGAGCACUGGGCAGGACAGAGCAGAUCCCAGCGUCCUGGCUGUAUUUCAUGACUACAUCAAGCUGAUGCCACUGGUGGAGGAGGUGAAUCAGAUGAGCCAGGAGCUGAGGAAGGACCUCAAAUUUGAAUUGAAGGUGAAAAAUCUGGCCUUAUCAGACUCCAGAGGCCAUGACCUACAAAAGGAAAUAACAGUAAAAGUGACACAUGAAACUACACAGCAGGUGUGGGUAUGGUCAAAGGCCAAGUUCAUUAACAGGAAGUUCCUAAUGGAGGAGCUUUACCAGCGCUUUCUGGAAGGGGAGAACCCAGCUGUGAAUCAGGACAGUGAUCCCUUCUGGGACCCGGUGGAGGCUGUCCAUGUGGGGUCUGCACAUGUUUGGCUGCAGGCACUGGCGUACCGCAUGAGGCUGGAGGAACGGGCUGAGCUGCUCAACUCUGAGGGACUGGAAGAGGCUGUCCUGCUGAUAAAUCUGUCUCCGUGUUUCAGUGACGGGAGACUCUUCGGGGAGGACGAGAUGGUCAUUGAUCCGCUGGAGCUGCUGGAAAGAAGGGUUGAUUUCCAGAUUCACAUUGCAGAGUGCCUUGGAGUCAAAUGGCUGCGAGGCGCUGUGGGAAGAGGCAUUCAGAUAGGGUAUAGAGUUUAUGAUCUUCCCCGGUACUUAUACACAAGGCCUGUCUGGGAAAGCGUCAAUCCGAAAAUAGAAGAAACAGUCCAUUUCUCAGCUCUAAAAGCUUCCUAUGAGUUUUUGAAUUAUUUACAGAAAAAUGCUUUAAUUGUUGACUUAUGGGGCCUCCAAGAAGGUUGCAUGGAGAUGGACUCCUCCCUGGAUGGCCUUUUGCUCACAGCUGAGGGCACCGUUGUGAUUGAUAAUCCCAAAGAUUUGACUGCAAGCAAUGCUGGUCUGGAUGCAGCUAUGGAGGUGCCCGAACUGUAUCGGAAACUGCUGCAGAUGGAACAAGAGACAGAGCUGCUGAGGGAGCUCGACAGAGCUUUAAGAGAAGAAAAUGCCCUCCUUAAAGACAAACUGAAGAAAUGGGACGCAGGACAUCAUGAAAAGAAGAAAUCUGAGUCACCUACCAAGGAGAUUAAGGUGAUGAAGCAGUCUGAGUCAUCAAGAGAUGCUGAAGAGAUGUGCAGCCAUCGGACCAGCUGCGAUGCAGAACUUGCCAAGGCCCUUAAGACCUUCUAUCAAAAUAUGAGUGUAGUCAGACAGCAGUUCCUUCAGCUGAAGCAUUCCAGGCCACCAGUAAGUCCGUUUAUUGCAAUAGUUUAAGCAUCUGAGGCUGUUUCCUAAUUCUAAAGAAUUUUGUCUCAAAAACUUUAGGAAUUUGAAAAUGAAGGUAUCAGAGUCUCAGGAUUGUUGAGGCUGUGCUACAGUAGGCUUCCUACUCUGGAGAGGAACUCAUUGUUUCCAUGUGUUUUGCACAGGACCAGAGGUACUGUCUAGGCCUACAGACUCUGUAGUCUGACUUGCAGGUUAAAACCGAAAGAGCUGAACAGACUCAAAUGGGCAUGUUGCUACAGAAUUGUUUGCGUACCAGGGAAGCCAUGCUGUAACCAAGUCUGUUGUGUAUCUACUCAGUGCUUUAGGGCUGUUAUGUUGUCAUCAUCUUGUUCAUAAAGUUGCUUCAGAAUGAUGCAAAUUGGCUCUUUGACCAUGGUUGGCUCACUAUUCAGCAAGUCUUCCAGAUUGCUUGACAACAAAGCUAUUAUUUACUCAAGCUGGCAAGGGGACUUUAUGGUGUAAUAUUGGCUUUCUCAGUAUGACCUUUUAGCAAGGCUUGUAACUCUUCCUGUUACUUCUCAACAGCCCCAUUUCUUGCCAGUAACACUGUAUUGUUCUGAUUUUUCUUCUCUAUAUAACCUUGUUAUGCAGGCUAAGAAAAUCUUCUGAACUGGUGUAUCAUUUUACAGUUUUCACUGCCUAAGGUUUUUCUGCACAGAACAAGUUAGAAACACCUAAACAUGAGUUUGCUUUGGCCCGUUAAGUAUUUAGCCUAAAACGCAGCUCAGAGUUGGAGAGCCAUCCCAACUUCCAUCAGUCAUUUGAGCGAGCUUGUAUUGAGUACUGUAAAUUUGCAUGCAUAAAUGUAGGCUAGGACAUUUCUUUAGGAAACUGGCAUCUGAGUUAGGAGUGGCAUGAUCUGAACUUUAAUCCAACAAAUACUUUAGGCCUGACUGUAUUAAAGAACCACAUAACAUGUUUCUUUUGUUAGUAGCUGAUCAUUAUUGCCUCUUAUUGUGGCCUAAUUCGUAGCUUACAGAAUCACAGUGCAUUGUUGGUGUAACAGCUGUGGAGAUGCUCAUCAAAGUUCUCAUACUAGGAGACUUUAAUUAUAGAGCAAACGUGUAUUUCUUCAGAUCUUGGUAUUUUUUUUUUCUGCAACUGAAGAACAAAAUUGUGUAUCAAGAAAGAUAUUAGAUGCUUACUUGAGGCUAUUCGUUUCUAAAACCCACUGCUCAAUUUUGGGUUGUCUAGAAGCAAGGGUGCUUGGUGGACAUCUCAAGGACAAUACAUGUUGUCAAGUCACAGGAGCUCUUCUGUGCCUACAUUAAAAAUAUAUAGCCACUAUGUUAAAGUUAGCUAUGAAGCUAAUACAUAGCCCUUCAGAUCUAAAUGGCUGGUGUCCAACCUUACUCCUUUAGAUGUUGCUGCCAGGAGACUGAGAGGUGUAAUUCAUCUGGCCUGGAUAAAGAGCAAAGCUAUACUCCCAAGCACAUCCUUUCAGCUGUGGUACAUGCUAUUCUUGGCAAAAUAACAUGUAAUUAUGAUCCUAAUUUUAGUUUUUGAACCUGUAGUUUGUUCUGCCAUUUGUCUCCCUUUUACUCAGUUACCACUUAAGUUAACCCAUGAGACCUUCAGGUAGCCUUUGGUGUAUAAGUAAAAAAAUGACGAGUGCUGAG